GUAAUUCGACCCCCGAACCUGACAGGCGCGAGGACCCGGAGGAGCGGGAAACGUGGUGUGAGAGGAGGAAGUCAAACAUGGCGGACCAAAACAAGACAGACACGGGAGAGAAGUUCUUUAAUGAAAUUCUGAGUCCAUCAGAACUGUUUGCAGCCCGGUCCAGGAGUCACAAGAUCCCGGUCCGAGGACAGAAGGAUUUCUUCCCCAAUGACUCGGAGGAGCAGAGACAGCGGCUGGAGCAGAGUCUGGAGGAGCACUGGAGCCUCAUAUCAGAAGAGAGGGUGGAGAGGCUAGGCAACCUGGUGAAGGCGACAUGGAUUCCUGGUGAACAAGUAGUGGAGCUUCAGUCUCCAGCUGGGAAGUUUUGGCAGACGAUGGGCUUCUCUGCGAAUGGAAAGCAGUGUCUCCUCCCUGAAGAGGCUCUCUACCUGAUGGAGUGUGGAAACCUGCAGGUGUUUCAUCAAGACCUGCCGCUGUCCAUCCAGGAUGGGUAUGAGAAGUUUCUGUCCUUGAGCACAGUGAGCCUCCUGCAGUAUCAGGUGUUCGGGCAUUUGAAGAGGCUCGGCUACGUGGUGCACAGAUUUGAUCUCAGUUCGGAGCCAUCGUCCUAUGCCCGGCAGCUGAACCUUCCUAAGCCACAUGACCGAGCAGGGAGACAAGUGAAGAGGAAACGAAGCGUCAGCCCAACCCCAACCACCACAACCACUACCACCACUACAACCACCACCACCACAACAUCAAGUCAAACAGAAAGAAACAAAGAGUCCUCAGCUGACAGAAUGGAGGAGGAAAAAUACAGCCACAAGAGAGGUCCAGGGACCCAGACUGGUCCAGCAGAUUCAGCCGGGGGCAGGACCUGGUGGUUUGCAGAUGUUCCUAGGGAUCAAUCAGAUCCUCAGCCGGCCUCUGGUUCCUCACGCUGGCACUUAUGCUCCAUCUCUUUCCCCGACCUUGGCUCCAGUGAGCGCCUCCCAAGCUGCCUGUCCUCUCCAGACCCCUCUCUGCUGCCAGGAUCUUUGGCUGUGGGGGUCUGUGACAUCGCGUCCUGGAGGAGCAGGAUAAACCUGCGGCAGGUGAAGAUGUCUGCAAAUGAGCAGAAGAAGGAGGACAACAGGAGAAGGCACCAGCGGGAUAUCAACAGAGACAAAGAGGUUCGGCAGUGCAGAAACUGGGCAGAGUAUAGGGAACUCCUAGCAAGGCAGGAGGGGGAGCGAGGUAGACCAGCACACCUGUGGAAGAAGGAAGUGACCCCUUUGCAUGACCCAAGACAUCCUAUCCCCACUGUGGAGCUGUUGGAUAAAAUCAGCGUGACCAAAUCUACUAACCUACUUGAGGGAGCUUCCAGGUUAAAAGGUUCAGACCAAUGGAAGAUUUGUUUUAAUGUUUACCAACCCGACACGGUGUCUGACUUCAAGAAGAGCAACCCUGGGAAACCGUACUCCCGCAUGUGUGUGUGCAGUUUCAACGACCCCGUGCCGGACCUGCAGGCCAUCAAGCUGCUGGCCCUCCAGAGUGGAGACAUCCAGGUGGUUUGUGCUGUAGUGGACCAUGGAGACAUCUCCUUCUACACUUUCAAAGACUUCCAGCUGCCCACUGAUGUUUACCCCUGAGUCUUCUCUGCUUUUCAAAACUCAUCGCUGUACUUUUAUGAAACCUAUCAUGUCACAGAAGAAGAAGAAAUAAACCCUAAAGAGAGCUUUAUUGUGUUUGUGGUCUAUGAUUCACAAUGGAGGAGGCAGAUCAAGUACCAAAGUUUUAAGGACCUAUGUUUCUUUUCCUUCCCGUUUAAAACUAACUCUUGAUAGUGGCAAAGUUUGACAUUUUUAAAUCUACACAAACAGGAUGUAUGCACAGUUUACAAAGAAAAAGCUGUGAUUAAAAUGCAAGUCUAUCACUC